UUGGCUCCCUGAGGCCCAGGUCAUCCAGAAAGCUAUGAACUCAGCUGCCACUAACGUCUACCAGCACGGUCGAGAAUGGAUAACAUUCAAGGUAAGAGAGAGAACAGGAAAGAGAGGGAGGGGGGUGGAUACUUGAUUAACACUGGUAAAAUCACUGAUGGUGUGUGUGCGUGUGUGUGUGUGUGUAGCUCCAUAAGAUGCUUGGUGAAAAGGGGAACCACACGGCUGUCAUAGAAAAGCAGGUUCUGGAACUGUGGGACAGACUGUACCACUCCUGGUUUGUCAAGGUAAUGCAGAGGGAGGGGGUGGCCUGGUCCAUCAGACCACAGUAUAGGGGGGUUCACAUGGUCACAUCUUUAUGUUUGGCUUGAGAAUAUAUAGACUGACACACUCAUUACCCCUUACUAACACAGACAUACCAGAACUACACCAUGUACUCAUACAUGUCUCACUCUUUCAACACCGUCUGUGUAUGUGUGUGCUUACAUGUAUGUCUGUACGCCGUUUCUGUCUCAGAAUGUAACCCAUACGGGAGGGCGUAACCGUAGUGGUGGUCAGAAGCUUGUCCAGAGACAGAACAGCUGGCUGGGAGAGAUCUUAGACUGGCAGGACAUCGCCUCCUUCGCACAUGACAAUAUAGAAACACUUCUCUCUGUGAGUACACGUGUGUGUGUGUGUAUAUAUAUAUAUAUAUAUAUAUAUAUAUAUAUAUAACGGGUGUAUCCUCUGUUGUAGAUAGUGGAGUCUCUGUGGGUGGUGAUGAGUCGGAACGUUGGGCUGCUGAUCUCCACGACGACCACACUCCUCACUGUCCUCUUCCACAGCGGCACAGCUCUACUCAACUUCGCCCUCAGCCUGGUAACACACACACACACACACACACAGCUCUCUCUGUGCCUCCCCCUUCAUACCUUAAUAUUGACACUGGUGUGUGUGUAGGUGAUAUUCCUGACCACGUUGUUCUACCUGCUGAGUUCCAGUGGAGAGUACUAUGAGCCUGUGAAAUGGGUGAUCAGCCUCACUCCUCUGUCCCAGCCCGGAGCAUCCUCUAACAUCAUAGGACAGUCUGUAGAGGAGGCCAUCAGGUACACACACAGCACACGUUUGACAUUUGAAAUGUUAAAACAUAUAUUUUUUAAUUGUGUGUGUUUUAGGGGGGUGUUUGAUGCCUCUCUGAAGAUGGCAGGGUUCUAUGGUCUCUACACCUGGCUGACACACACCAUCUUCGGCAUCCACAUUGUCUUCAUCCCCUCUGGUGAGUGUGUUAAAAACUGACUGAUCAAAUAGAACAUCUUAACUUGCUGUUGUUUGCCUGACUAGCCUGGAGAUGAGGAAAAACCCUCCUUGUGUCAGAACUAUUAGAUGAAUAACUUGUAUAACAGGACUGUUCUGUUCCACUCUUCUGACUUACUAUUGUCAAACAUGUUCAAAGUGUCCUCUUCCCUCGCCCCCUUUAGCCCUGGCUGCUAUCCUGGGUGCGGUGCCGUUCCUGGGGACCUACUGGGCAGCUCUGCCCGCUGUGUGUGACCUGUGGCUGGCCCAGGGAGAGGGGGUCAAAGCCCUGCUACUGCUGGUCUUCCAUCUACUGCCCACCUACUUCGUAGACACAGCCAUCUACUCUGAUAUAUCAGGGUACGUGAGUGUGUGUGUGUGAGAGAGUGUUUAUGUGUACGUGUUUGUGCGUGUUCACUGUUUAUGAGAUCAGUGCGUAAGAGAGAGAGAAAUCUAAUCUGUUAUGAUAUUAAAGUAAGUGUGUGUUGAUAUGUCUUCCCCCCCCCCCACAGUGGUGGUCACCCGUAUUUGACUGGUCUAGCGGUGGCAGGCGGAGCAUACUAUCUGGGUCUGGAGGGGGCGAUCAUCGGUCCUAUCCUGCUCUGUAUCCUUGUGGUAGCCUCCAACAUCUACAGUGCCAUGCUGAUGAGUCCCACCUCUGCCCAGCCCACCCCUGUACAGUCUACCUGGCCACUACACCCUGCCAGGUACACACAGACAUCAUCAUCAUUACAUUUAUGUCUGGUUCUUUGUGCCAUUUACUUCUAAUUUACAAACCCCCCCCUUUCUCUCUCUCUCUCUCUCUCUCUCCUCUCUCUCUCUCUCUCUCUCUUUCUCUCUCUUUUCUCUCUAUAUCUCUGUCUCUCUCUAUCUUUCUCUCUCUGUCUUUCUCGCUCUCUCUCUCUCUCUCAGGCCCUUCAUGGACACCACUCCCUCGGUGCUGAAGAGGGCGAGC